UGAGCAGAAGCCUAAGGUUGUGGGCUGAAAGCUAAGGCCCCAUAUAUGCCUGUGCAAUGCUAACGUGGGUUACGCUUCCUCAGAAGAAGGCUGCUGGAUGGGAAGCAGCUUUGAAGAUCAUUCUGAAGAUUACAUGGGAGACCACACAUCAACAAUACAUCAGGAAUCUAGCUAGCUAUUGGGUCAUCUAGAACCAAAACCAAGCACUCCAUAUUAUAACCAUACUAUUGUCUAUUUUGAAGCAGAAAUACAUAGAUUAAAACAAUAACCACUAUAAAAUAGGUAGUUCUAAAGUAGAUUUUGGAAGAUGUCAGUCAACAUCCCUUCCAACUCAGUGCCCAGUAGCACCAGUCGUUUUCAGGUCCAUGUCAUAAACGAGGGCCACGGCAGUGGUGCAGCCGUGAGUGACAGCGCAGACCCCCCACAUUAUGAAGAGACAUCUUUCGGGGACGAAGCCCAGAACAGACUGAGAAUCAGCUUUAGGCCUGGGAAUCAGGAGUGCUAUGACAAUUUUCUCCAAACUGGAGAGACUGCUAAAACAGACACCACGUUUCACGCUUAUGACUCUCACACAAACACAUACUACCUACAAACCUUUGGCCACAACACCAUGGACGCCGUCCCCAAGAUUGAGUACUACCGCAACACGGGCAGUGUGAGCGGGCCCAAGGUCAACCGGCCCAGCCUGCUGGAGAUUCACGAGCAGCUGGCUAAGAAUGUGACUGUGGCCCCUGGUUCAGCUGACAGGGUUGCUAAUGGAGAUGGGGCGCCUGCAGAUGAGCAAGCAGAAAACAAGGAAGAAGACACAGCUGGAGUCGUGAAGUUUGGAUGGGUGAAAGGAGUGCUGGUGCGAUGCAUGCUGAACAUCUGGGGAGUCAUGCUGUUCAUUCGCCUCUCCUGGAUUGUAGGAGAAGCGGGAAUUGGUCUGGGAGUCAUCAUCAUUGGCCUGAGCGUAGUAGUGACAACACUCACAGGUAUUUCUAUGUCGGCUAUUUGCACAAACGGAGUGGUGCGAGGAGGUGGAGCCUACUACCUGAUUUCCCGGAGCUUAGGGCCUGAGUUCGGUGGGUCAAUAGGCUUGAUUUUUGCUUUCGCCAAUGCAGUGGCUGUCGCUAUGUAUGUGGUGGGGUUUGCGGAGACUGUGGUAGAUCUUCUUAAGGAGAGUGAUUCAAUGAUGGUGGAUCCAACCAAUGACAUCCGCAUAAUCGGUUCUAUCACAGUGGUGAUUCUUCUGGGAAUCUCAGUAGCUGGGAUGGAGUGGGAAGCUAAGGCUCAAGUGAUUCUUCUGGUCAUUCUUCUCAUUGCUAUCGCAAACUUCUUCAUUGGAACUGUCAUUCCAUCCAACAAUGAGAAGAAAUCCAGAGGCUUCUUCAACUACCAAGCAUCUAUAUUUGCGGAAAACUUUGGGCCAAGCUUCACAAAGGGGCAAGGCUUCUUUUCCGUCUUUGCCAUCUUUUUCCCAGCUGCUACUGGGAUUCUUGCUGGUGCCAACAUCUCUGGAGACUUGGAGGAUCCCCAGGAUGCCAUCCCCAGAGGGACCAUGCUGGCCAUCUUCAUCACCACCAUUGCCUACAUAGGUGUUGCUAUUUGCGUAGCCGCCUGUGUGGUCCGAGACGCCACUGGAAGCAUGAACGACACCAUCGUUUCUGGGAUGAAUUGCAAUGGCUCUGCAGCCUGUGGGCUGGGCUACGACUUCUCAAGAUGCCAACACGAGCGAUGUCAGUAUGGGCUGAUGAACAACUUCCAGGUCAUGAGCAUGGUGUCCGGGUUCGCCCCCCUCAUCACCGCAGGGAUCUUUUCAGCAACACUGUCUUCAGCCCUGGCCUCCCUCGUCAGUGCGCCCAAAGUAUUCCAGGCUCUGUGCAAGGACAACAUCUUCAAAGGACUGCAGUUCUUCGCAAAGGGCUAUGGGAAAAACAACGAGCCCCUGAGAGGGUACUUCCUCACUUUUGUGAUAGCCAUGGCGUUCAUUCUCAUCGCGGAGCUGAAUCUCAUUGCCCCCAUCAUCUCCAACUUCUUCCUGGCCUCAUACGCUCUUAUUAAUUUCUCCUGCUUUCAUGCCUCGUAUGCCAAAUCUCCAGGAUGGAGGCCGGCAUACGGGAUUUACAACAUGUGGGUAUCUCUUUUUGGAGCGAUUUUGUGUUGUGCAGUCAUGUUUGUCAUCAACUGGAAGGCAGCCAUCAUCACCUAUGUCAUUGAAUUAUUCCUCUAUAUCUAUGUGACUUAUAAGAAGCCAGAUGUGAACUGGGGCUCCUCCACACAGGCUCUGUCCUACGUGAGCGCCUUAGACAAUGCUCUGGAAUUAACCACAGUGGAAGACCAUGUGAAAAACUUCAGACCCCAGUGCAUUGUCUUAACAGGCGGACCCAUGACAAGACCCGCUCUCUUGGAUAUAACCCACGCCUUCACGAAGAAUAGUGGCCUCUGCAUCUGCUGUGAAGUCUUCGUGGGACCUCGCAAGCUGUGUGUUAAAGAGAUGAACAGCGGCAUGGCUAAAAAACAGGCCUGGCUCAUAAAGAACAAAAUCAAGGCUUUUUAUGCUGCAGUAGCAGCAGACUGCUUCAGGGACGGUGUCCGGAGUCUCCUUCAGGCCUCAGGCUUGGGGAGAAUGAAGCCAAACACUCUCGUGAUUGGAUACAAAAAAAACUGGAGGAAAACUCCCUUGUCAGAGCUUGAGAACUAUGUGGGAAUCAUACAUGACGCCUUUGACUUUGAGAUUGGCGUGGUCAUAGUCAGAAUCAGCCAAGGGUUUGACAUCUCUCCAGUUCUCCAGGUACAAGAUGAACUAGAGAAACUGGAACAGGAGAGAUUGGCUCUGGAGGCCGCAAUCAAAGACAACGAGUGUGAGGAGGGGAAGGGAGGCAUCCGAGGCUUGUUUAAGAAGGCCAGCAAACUGAACAUUACCAAGCCAGCCCCUAAAAAAGACGGCAACAUCAGCACCAUCCAGUCGAUGCACGUUGGGGAGUUCAAUCAGAAACUGGUGGAAGCCAGCGCUCAGUUUAAAAAGAAACAGGGAAAAGGCACCAUUGAUGUUUGGUGGUUAUUUGAUGACGGAGGGUUAACACUGCUUAUCCCAUAUAUCUUGACUCUCAGAAAAAAAUGGAAAGAUUGUAAGUUAAGAAUCUAUGUUGGAGGAAAGAUCAACCGCAUCGAAGAGGAAAAAAUUUCGUGA